AUGAGCCAUAUUUCUCCUCAGAAGAACGGCGGUAAUAUUGUUCCCCCUCCGCGACAAAUUCGCUUUGUGUCGACAGACGGUCAACCUCAGACAAAGCGGCGGCGUGUCAACGCGGCGUGCUUAACAUGUCGCAAGCGCAAGAUACGAUGCUCGGGUGAACAACCAGUGUGCAAGACUUGCUCCGACUACAAUCAUGUAUGCCAAGGGUACAGCGAACCAACAACACAUGCCCGAUCGCAAUCUGAUUCCAGUGCUCGAGCUGCGACAGUCGCACCUUUAUCGAUCUCUAGCGAGAAUACUUCGCGCGUGGCUCUGAAAGUCGAAACUCGUUCCCCAGAACCUCCCGGUCGAGCUACCGUGCCUCCUGUCGAACGCAAUGACAUGCCUGUAGUAAAGCCCAAAUCGUCGGAAGUGAAAGAGGCCUCAUCUGUCAGAGACAUAUCUUCCCAAGCAAGGAAAGAGCCUGAGCAGCAGAACUUAGCAGAAAGUCCAGAGAGCAAUCGCACUUCUCUAAGUUCAAGCGCUCGCACACAUGUCCCUUAUUUCAGGUAUUUUGGGCCAACCGCUAUAGUUCCCGGCUUCAAGCAGAUGGUUGUCCAAGUCAGAGGUUCUCGCAAGAGCAAUGCCUCAUUAUCAUCAGAGUCCUUAUCACCAUUACGAAGUCCCAAAUUCCCCAAUCAUGGCAUCAACAAUGUGAGCGGUUUGCCUGAUACCCGCGACAGCCGUGACUAUAAUACUAUCCCGUUCUAUGAUCGCGAUGAUACCCUUCCUGUUAGCAAUCUCGUGAUGCAUCUUUGCGAUCUGUUUUUCGUACAUCUAGGGUGCAGCUUUCCUUUUCUACAACGAGACAGGUUUCUACGCGACCUGAAAGAUAAGAAGGUCGAUACAAUGCUGGUGGACGCGAUCUGUGCGUUAUCUGCUCGUUUUUCUCUCCAUCCGCUCCUGAGUCCGCCCCAGGCACCUUCGAUAGAUGGAUCCGAACCAGCAGUGGAUAUGAAGAAAUCAAACCGCGGUCAGCCAUUCGCUCAUAGAGCGAUGAGUGCUCUGGUCGAUUCACUCUCUUGUCCUACUAUCUCCGUUGUGCAAGCAUGUCUCUUACUAGCUUACGAGCAAUUCGGAUCGAAUCAUGACAGCGGUCUCUGGAUGUAUCUGGGAAUAUCCAUCAGGAUGGCGCAGGAUCUUGGGAUGCAGAAAGUCCAGGGUCUUGAAUACAAUUAUGGUCAGAGUGGGGUAACUCCAAACGCUGUGCUGACUGGACAAGCUGGAAAUUUGAGAGACGAUCAGUAUGAUGAACCGCAACCUUCCCCAACACCAAGGGGCCAGCCGCGCGACGCGGAAGGUCGACGUGCUUCGGAACGUGAACGAGUGGAUUCUUUUUGGAGCAUAUUCUUUCUUGAUCGAGUGAUCUCAUCUGGUACCGGAAGGCCUGUUACCUUGCGCGAUGAAGAGAUUGAACUCUGUUUCCCUCUCCAAUCCGAAUCCAGGCUGCCAAACGGUUGGCCUGCACCAUUCCCUCCACUUAUUCGCAUCAUUCACUUGUACGGCAGAGUGACAGACCUCAUCAAUGGGAUUCAGGAUAUCAAGCACGUAACAUCGGACACACUGAAGGUGCUGGCCGGUAUGGAAAGCGACCUGACAGGAAUAUACCAACGCCUGUCACCCAGGCUCCACUUUAACGCCGCAAACUUCCAAGCAUAUGUCAAGGCGAAAGAAGGAACAAAUUUCAUACUUUUACAUUUCUGGUUUCAUACCCUGAUAGUCUUGCUGCAUCAGCCGACGCUCCUUCAUUCAUUUGGAGGGACAAUUCAGCAUCUAUAUCCAAACAGCCGCGAAUUGUCGAUGUCCUCUGCCAAAACCAUUGCUGACAUCCUCUCUUUUUCAGAGCUUGUUGACGGAAAGAGUUUCAUUGGCAAUCCUUUCACGAGCCAGCCGAUGUACAUUGCUGCAUGCGCUUUUCUGAUGGAAAGUGCUUAUUACUCCUCGCCAUCAUCGAGGUCGUGUUCGCCUCCCAUUCAACCGCUUCUAACAAAUCAAUCUAGUGGAUUUGUGAUGCCCAGCAUAGACCCGGCCACCGGCUCUGAACGAAAACCCACCGCUAAGCACAUUCUUCUCGCAUCCGCUGCGAAAGAGAAUUACCAGAGAUGUUACAAAGCAUUGAAGGCGCUUGAGACCUAUUGGGAAGGUACAAGGUACAUUUUAACGGUCUUAGACCAAAAGGCCAAAGGAAUCGUGGAUCCACUUUUGUAUACUGUGGAAGAGAUGGAAAGUACUGCCGGACUAUCUUCUGUCCAGCCACUCGCGGCACAACCGUGGCGACGAACGCAAUCGUCUGAUGAUGCGGUGGGUGCUGACCCAUCAGCGCCGGGCUCAGAUACACCAGCAGAAGGACGGCGGUCACCAAAAAUAGAUCCGAGUCAAGCUAUUGGAUGGGCUCUUACUGGUGCGACAAACUCUUCGCAGCCGAAUCUAAGCCUUCUUUAUCAGAUGCCUGCACAGACAGAACCUAUCCCGGAAAAGCCGACAUAUUCAUCUCAAUAUAGCCAUAGCUACCCCCAUAUACCUGUUCAACCUAAUGGUGGUGAGACUUCGUACUCAUACUCACAGGCCACAGAGUCAUCCCGGAGCACAAAAGCGACUCCGGGGCCAUCAAUGGCCUCUACAACUGCGCAAUAUUCACCCCUGGCAUCCUCCGGCAGAGUUACCACUUCUGAUGCUAACCUUCUCCUUGGUUUGAAUACGACUUAUCCCGGUCCGACCUCCCGUCUACCUAAUUCACGGUCGGCUUUCAAUCAUCAAAUGCCUUCUGCUGCAUGUGGGCUUGAGGGUCACGCUCAAGUCUAUAAUUAUAACAUCCCUUCUACUGUGAGUGACGCUCAUACAGGGAGCGGGCACUUAAUUGUGCACAGCGCUGGACUGCAUCCUGAUGCCGAACCUCAUGCUGGAAAUGUGUUUAUCGAGAGCCAGGACGUUGAUAUGGCUAUGCUCCAGCAAAAUGAUCAGCUUCCCUUCGCUUUCAGCGGUGAGAUACUUCCAUGGCUUGAAUAUCUUCCACAGGACGUCCUCAAUUACUUUGGCGAUAAUCAAAAUUAUCCGGGCAUGCUGAGUCCGGAUGACGAAACGCCUCGACCACAUUAUGACGAGGAAUCACUACGCCCCUCUUCAACUCCUUACGAUAUCGCGCACUCCCCGGGUUCCACCUCUCCAGCAAAUCGAGCCGUUUCGCAAGGGUUCGAGCAUCAUGACGACGGCAGUUUUCUUAUGGGAGACGUGCAGAUGCUGAUUCAAGACGGAUAUCAAUCUGACGGAUCGUCGACACGCCACUCCAGUGAGAAUCUCGGCGCAUACCUUGAUGAGGACCAGGCUUGUAUGAGCUCAGGAGAGUCCAGCCGCUCUUCGAUAUCGUCGAUACCUCCAUCGGUGUACACAAACAUGGCAGAGGGGGUGAAAGCACCUGGGCACAGACAGUCUCAUCCGUGGGACAGUCACGAUGGCAUCCAUGCGCAUGGAAGGAUAGAUGGGACCUUACGGCCGCUCUCUGCGACCCGGCUGAGGGAAGCUGCGUUCAGGAAGCCAAGCUCGGUCAAGGCAAUGCAAAUGCAUACCGAGGAUGAGCGGGACGAUGAUGCCUUCUUGACCCCGCCCAAGCGUCGGGCGGCCCACCAGCGCUAUUCGGACGCCUCUAUGCGCUCGGUGGGCUCGUCGCCAUUGCGGAAAUCUCAGUUCUACUCACCUACACGGUCAGCGGCCAGCAAGCAGAAAGCCAAGGACGAGUACCCGCUUGUCCUGUUGCACUGUAACUUGCUACCACCAUCGCUUCCAGUCCCAGGCGCAGCGGCCUUUCACAACCAGAAGAUCGUCAGAGAGGUGCUUCCCCCGGUCUUCUGGCGUCGAUGGAAGCUGUUAGAGGAGAAGGUGGGCUCCGGUGUGCUCCGUGAGCGUGGCGUACUGAUCUCGCAUCCGGAAGAUCUGUAUGACUUGCUUGAGGAGCGGCUGUUGGAGAGCCUGGAGCUGCAGCGUUCGCGCCUCGACCAUGGUCAUUUUAUCGGGCAUGACGAAGCUGAGUCAGAAAAGGAAGACCGUUUGGAGAAGGAGGACAGCGCAACAGACGAAGAGGAAGGGGAGGCAUGCCCAGAUUGUGGCGGUCAUGUGGUCCGGCACGGCAAUGCCGGGCGGAAAUGGGAGAUCAAUGUGUUUGCAGCCAAUGGACUGAUGCGAGCUGGAGCUUGGGCUGCUGCUUGGAAGGAAAUGGAGAAGGUGGACGUUGAGGUUGGCUUGUGGCUGCCAUCAGAGAUCCGCAGGGAGCUGGAAAAGAAGCUCAUGGGGGAUGAUUGUUAUUCCUGCCAACUGGAUCCCCAACUGCAGGUGCCGCAGCUGCAGGUGCCCGGCAACGAUCCGGUCAUUCCCACACACCCGCAGGCCCGGCAUGCGCGGACGUCAAGUUCAAUCACAGCUGACCAGAGGUCUUUUUCAUUCGACGGAACCGAAACACAGUCGCCUCCGGCUAUCAACAAGCCUGCAUCAGCCGAAAGCCGACCGCCGAAGCCGUCUUUUCCUCCGCAGAUGAAUGAUGAUAUCGACAUACAAACAUUGUUGGUCAAUUACGUCCGCGUGUUGGCUAGCGACCGGCGCAAUGUGGCCAUUGCCAUUCUGAGCAUCCUGAUGGUAUUUUUCGCCAUCCAGUCGGGCUCCCAAGCCGCCGAGAGCGCAAACAGCGAGAUCAUCGUUGAGACAGCGCCUCUGUCAGUGAGUAGCAUUCCAGAUCCAGCGAGCAUAAGCGUUCUCCCUCCCGCUAUAUCUGCGACUGUCGCUGAGCCGGUGCUCGUGUCUGCACGCGAUAUAUCAGAGCCAGUGGGCGAGAGCGUUCAGUCCACUGUUUCAUUAGAGGCCGUUGCUAAAAUAACUCCCACGCGUGUGGGUGACAUCUCAGAAUCUGUGAGCAUGAGCUCUCAAGCUGUUGCCUUGUCUGAAGCAAUCGCCCAGGUUGCAAUGUCCGAACCUGACAGAUCACAUCAUGAGUCGGAUGCAAGCUCGCGGGCGAAAAGUCUUCUCACUCACUCCCAGGCUCAACAGCGAUUGCCCGAGGCUCUCUACCCAGUUGUGGAGCCAUCGACAAGACGGAUUGCCUCGAUCAAAGAGAUGACACCAGUCCCGGAUAGUUUAAGCCCGAUCACGGAGCAACUUAUGGGCAAACAAAUGAUAUGA